AUGUGCAAUGUGUCAGUGAGUGUUGACAUCACAAUCUCACAGCCUGCUCUUCUCCUGCUGAUCUGUGUCAGUGUUGGUGUUCAUGUGUUCUGUGUGUGGGCUGGGCUGCCUGCUGUCACAGCGUAUUAUCUCCCCCCUUUGCCUGCGGAAUUCCAGCCUGGGAUCUGUCAGAGUGUGGAUCCAUCAUCCUCCACUCAUUGCAACUGUCACCCUGCCACUGCCAGCCACAGAUACAGUCCACCCGUGACACUGAUUUUGUCUUUA